AUGAUUAAAAAAAAUAAUUUAUUUCCUUCUACACAUUUAUUUAUUUUAUUUUAUUUUUUACGUUUCAUUUUUUCUUAUUUGUUUAUUCAUAACUUUUUCAUUUUUCUCUUUCUUUCUUACUUUCUUUUUUAUUUCUUUUUUAUUUCCACUUCUUUCUUUUUCAUUUUCUUCAUUCAUUUCCGUGUCCAUUUUACUUUUUUCAUAUUUUCUUUCUUUCAUUCUUUAAUUUUUUUUCUUUUACAUUUUUCCCCUUUCCUUUAUUUCUCUCUUUCUUUCUUUUAUCUCUUUUUUCUUUCAUUCCAUUUCUUUCUUUUCAUAUUUGCUUUUUGUCUUUCUUUUCUUUCCUUUAUAUAUUUUUCCGUUUCUUUGUUUCAAUUUAUUUCAUUCUUUCGUUCAUUUCUAACAUUUUCUUUCUUUUUCGUCUUUUGUUUCCUUUCUUUUCCCAAUCCUCCUUGCUUUUAUUUUUCAUUCUUUCAUUGUUACUUUUUAUAUUUUUCUUUCCUUUUCUUUCUCACUUUUACUUUCUUUCGUUCUUCAUUGUCCUUCUUUGUUUUCCUCUUCAUUUUCCUUUUUUAUUUUCCUUCUUUAUUUCCAUUUGCUUUCCUUGUUUUCCUUCUUCAUUUUCCUUCUUAUUUUCAUUCUUUAUUUGCCGUCUUCAUUUUCCUUCUUUAUUUUCCUACUUCAUUUUUAUUCUUUAUUUUCCUUCUUUAUUUUCCUUUUACAUUUUCCUUCUUUAUUUUCCUUCUUUAG